AUGUCGGGUUAUUAUAACAACACUUUCAGCAUCAUCUCAAACAUAGGUUCGGGUGGUUUUGGGACUGUAUUCAAAGUAUAUGCCGUUAAAAGGGUAGAGUAUAAUGAAGGUAAAGAUAAUAAACUUUUGCAAAAUAUAUUGCAAUAUACUGUACAUUACUGUUUUGAAAAAAUUCCAGAUUUUACUGAUGAUAAAAAACGUCGAAUUCGCAAAGAAGUGACAAUUAUUUCAAAUUUAAACUCAAAUUUUGUCGUAAAAUACAUCAAUUCAUGGCCUGAAGGUAACCAUAUGUACAUUCAAAUGGAAUUGUGCGCUCAUAGUGUUAGCACAAUCAUCAAAACCAAACCCAUUGUCUUCGGGAGAGAAUUGGGAGAAACGAUGAAUAUAUUUGAAUAUUUUAUAUCAUGUGAAAUAUUUAAGGAAAUUCUAGAAUGCGUUCAGUAUUUGCAUGAAAACAAACCACCGAUUAUUCAUCGGGAUCUCAAACCCGACAAUAUUUUAAUUGUCGAAAAUAUUAAUAAUAAUCGGUUUUUAAAAUUAUGUGACUUUGGUUUGGCAACACAUCACGACAUGCCUUCCAUGAGCCACACGGCAGGGGUCGGCACUGACCAAUAUAUGGCCAUUGAGGCGAAACAGGGCCGGUAUACCAACAAAACAGACAUCUUUAAAGUCCAAACUAGUUCAGACGAGCCUUCAAAUGUAACGGACAAUGUGCAUUUGCAUCCGGUGGCACACCCAAGACGUAAUACAUUGAACACAACGGCAAAGCGCCGUAUGGGUGAUGCAGACCAUUGUCCGGAUUCGCAUCCAAAAACAAAAAAAGAUAUCACAAUAGUAUUGUUGGGACAGACAGGUGUAGGAAAGUCCACAUUCAUUAACGCAUUGGUUAACUAUCUAUCCUUUGAGACAAUGGAUGCGGCGAACGGACGGCCCAUAUGUUUAAUACCCAUAAGCUUUACUAUAGCGGACCCCACGACUAGAGAACCGCUGACAGUAUCGCUGGGUGACCAGGAUCAAACACAGGAACAGAUUAAGGACACUACCAAAUCGGUCACACAAUACCCCAUGUGUUAUAAAUUUGAAGAUGAUAAUAUUGUACUCAAUAUAAUCGAUACGCCGGGAAUUGCGGACACGGAUGGAAAAGUCCAUCAAAUGUUGAAAUACUUUAUAAUUAUAAGACAACGUAUUGUUUCGAUUCCGAUUCGUUUCGAUAUCUCGUGGCUACGAGUGCUCCAAAUAAUAUACAGUAUGACCUAA